UAAUUUUUAAUUAAAAAUUGAAUCAAUUCAAAUAGUUUAUUUGUCAAAUGCCUACAAAAAUGCCAUUCGAUUUACUAGCGGAAAGAAAAAGAUGGAAUGCCGGGUACGAAUCAAUCGAUACAAGCAGCCAAAAGCUGACGGAAGUGGUGACGCCCAUCACAGUCACGUGGGAAAACAUCGAGGUAAAAACUCGGAAAAAGCUAUUUUCCAAAAAGCAGAAGCAACUGUUAAAUAGAGUCUCGGGAAUAGCAAAGCCAGGAGAAAUGGUGGCAUUAAUGGGUGCAAGCGGAGCAGGAAAAACCACUCUAAUGAAUGUGCUAAUGUGCAGGAAUAUGAAGGGAUUGGAGAAGAAUGGAACCGUGAAAGUGAAUGGAACAAAGAUCGGGAAGGAGAUUUCAUUGAUUUCUGGUUUUGCACAACAACAGGAGAUUUUCAUUCCAACAUUGACUGUUGAUGAAUAUUUAAUGAUCCAGGCAAGACUUCGGAUGAAAGCCAAUAAACAUACACGUAGAGAACGAGUGGAUGAGAUUAUUGAAAUGCUGAGACUCCAAAAUUGUCGAGAUUUGAAAAUUGGAACACCUGGACUCGUAAAAGGAAUUUCCGGUGGUGAAGCCCGUCGUUUGACAUUUGCCUGUGAACUAUUAUCCAAUCCAUCACUACUUUUUGCUGAUGAGCCAACGUCUGGACUUGAUUCAUUUAUGGCUGCAAGUGUUGUACAAAUUUUGAAGAAUCUCGCGAAUUCCGGUCGAACACUGAUCCAUCAACCUACUGCCGAGCUCUUUUUUCAAUUUGACAAAAUUAUUUUCUUGUCGAUGGGAAAAACCGCUUUUAUGGGAACACCUCAUGAGUCCGUGAAGUUUUUCGCUGACUGUGGCCAUCCAAUUCCGAAAUUAUUCAAUCCACCUGAAUGGAUACAAUCCAAAUUGUCAGUGAUACCAAACAACGAGACAAAGAGUCGAGAAACAAUUGGAAAAAUUAUUGAAUUUUAUGAAAAAUCGAUAAUUCAUCAGAAAUCUAUAGUGGAAAUACGUGUGAUUGCGACUACAGAGCUACCUCCAUAUAUAGAGAAUCCAGGAUUUUUUGCCGAAACUGGAGCAUUGUUAAAGAGAGCUUGCCUCGAUGUGAUCCGUUCUCCAGCUCAAAUGCGAAUGAAACUAAUUCAAAAAGUGGUGAUGGGCUUAUUCAUCGGAUCUCUUUAUUGGCAACAACCACUUGAUCCUCGAGGAGUACGGAACACAAAUAGUGCUCUUUAUUUUCUAAUUGCGGAGCUCACUUUCUCCACGAUGUUUGGAAUUAUGACAUUUAUGGAACAUGAACUUCCAUUAAUUGCGAGAGAAUAUCAUGAUGGAUUGUUUUAUGUAAUUAGUUAUUAUAUUUCGAGAUUUCUGUCAUAUCUCCCAUUAUUUACAAUCGACGGAGCUCUAAUGAUUGUAAUAUCAUAUUGGAUGAUUGGAUUGAAUAGUACUUGGCAACAAGUGGCUAAAAGUAUUCUAAUUUCUGUGCUCGUCGAGCAGUCUGCCACUUCGUGUGGCCUCUUCUUGGCUUGUCUAUUCGAGACUACUUCGCUGGCAAUUGCUUUUGCCGUUCCAGCAUCAGGCCUUUUUGCACUGUUGAGUGGAUUAUAUGGAAAUACGAAUAACUUUCCAGUUUACAUUCGGUGGAUGCAAUGGACUAGUUGGUGUAGAUAUGGAUUCGAAGGACUCGUCGUGAAUCAGUGGUCUCAAGUGGACAAUCCGAAAUGGGAUCCUUUCUAUCGAGAAUUGAUUCUGAAACAGUUCUCAUUCAACAAAGACAACUAUCAAUUGGAUGUUAUUGGACUCUGCUCAAUUGUGAUCUUUUUCUAUUUGGCUGGAUAUAUUGCACUUUUCAUUCGAAUUCGAUUAUCUCGAUGAUUUUAUUAUUAUGAACUUGUUUGCUGAAC